AUGGCCGUCAAAGGUGAACCAUUAAUCUUUAUAGAAGUUGCUCUUCAGAAGAACGUUUCUCAAACAAUUCAGGAAGUUUUAUGGGAUGAACCCUCAAUGCAUGAAUGUGAGGCAACUUGUGCAUUAUUUUCUUCAAUAUCGUCAACUCAGCCUGGUUUGAAAGGGAUCAAUCUCGGAAAAUUCCUAAUUAAGCGAGUAAUUGAUCUGGUGAAAAAGGAUAUGCCCAAUAUAUAUACAUUUGCAACACUUAGCCCAAUCCCAGGAUAUACACAAUGGCUUUUAGCGAAAUUGGUAUCUGCUGAAAGAUCAGAUUCUACUUUCAGGGAGAACAUUUUGGAACCGGAAGAAGAAAGAGCAUUACAUGACGCGUCCAAUAUUGCCUCCAUUCAAAUGGAGCUCACGGGGGAGAAAGAUGCCAUGAAAGUAUUAUGGAAUUUGUUAACAUCAAGAAAUUAUGAAUGGAUAAAGUCUGAUGAACUCGUGUCUGUGUUAGAAGCCCCUAUGAUGCGAUUAUGUGCCAGGUACCUUUUGCUAGAGAAGAAGAGAGGAAGAGCUUUGGAUUCCGUUGCAAAUUUCCACUUGCAGAAUGGGGCGAUGAUUGGAAGAAUAAAUUGGAUGGCUGAUCGUUCAGAGAAAGGCUUUUGUCAAAGUGCUGGGAUUAUGGUCAAUUAUCUCUAUCGGUUGGAAGAUAUAGAAGAAAAUGGUCAGUCAUAUAUUAGCACAGGAACUGUUCAUGCUACUGAUGACAUCCAUGGCUUUCUUCCAGGGGAGGCUUGA